AUGGACUACCAACAACAAAGUGAAAACCCUACUAUCCAAAGGCGACAACAUAAUAGCGGUUACGAUCAGAGUAUCACACAUGGGGAAGCUAGAACAACACUUAGGAAGAUGGGAAGUGCUAAGGCGAUUGGUCUUGACAACAUACCAAUUGAGGCAUGGUUGUGUUUGGGAGAGGAAGGAGUUCAAUGGCUAACGUCCCUAUUCAACCUUAUUUUCAGUUCGGGAAAAAUGGCAGAUCAGUGGAGGCGUAGUGUUGUAGUGCCCUUAUAUAAGAAUAAAGGCGACGCUCAAUGCUGCGAGAACUACAGAGGGAUUAAGUUGUUAAGUCAUCCUAUGAAAUUAUGA